GAUGGGGGUGAUUGGAACAUAAAAGCAGGUUGAGAUGAAAGUAUGGAUUUAGGGAAAAGAAGUGCAGGGUUAUCUAGACUGCAAAGAUCUGAGUGACCACUAGUUAACAGCAAGAAUUUGGCAAGUUAUAUUUCUUUGCUGCUUUCUGGUGCUUUUAUGUUUUUGCAACCCCCCAAAAUGACUUAAAAGUUACUGCAAAAGAGGUGUUAGGCAAGUCUCCUUGAGGAGAGCAGUCCGAAGUCAACAUUUCUUAGCAUAUCUUAAAUGGUAAGAAAAGUAAAUUUUCAAAUAAUAUUGACUCAGGCUGUCUCUACAGGCUAAAUUCAGCAAUAGGAAACAAUCCAGAAGCUACAAAAGGAGAUGAAAACAUCAGUAGGUUGCUAUUAGUUUGGUUUAGAUCUAAAGUGGGCAAGAGUGCUUUGAAUCCACAUCUUCAUAAGAUGUUUUUAUGGUGCUCACUCCCAGCCACUUUCUGGAAAACUCAAGUGAUUGCAACACAUUUAUUGAUUAUGUGCCAUUAAGUAGUUUUUGACUCCUAGCAACCAUAUAGAUAGAUUUUCUCCAUAAUGAUCUAUCCCUAACCUGUUCUUUCAGGUCGCAUGAAUGAUGGUGCACUCAUCACUAUCUGAGUCCAUCCACCUCUGGUUAUCCUUUUCUUUCCUUCUACUUUUCCCAGCAUCAGAUCCUUUCCCAGGCUUCACAUAAUGUGUCUGAAGUAGAGUAAUUUGAGCAUGGUUAAUUGUGCCUCCAGUGAGAACUUGGAUUGAUUUGUUCAAUGAGCCAUUGAUUUGUUUUCUUGGCUGUCCAUAAUAUUCUCAGGAGUCUUUUUCCAAUACCAAAGUUCAAAAAUGUCAAUACCUCUUCCUAUCCUGCUUUGUCAAAGUCCAGCUUGCAUUUCUAUGGAGUGUCAUAGGGAAUAUAUGGCUUGCAAGAUUCUAAUCUCUGUAGGUAUAGACAGAUCACAGGAUUUGAACACGUUUUCUUCAUGUUUACCAAAUGCUUGUUUAUUUGUUCCUUUAUUGUUGAUUGUUGAUCCUAAAAGAAGCUUCCAUCACCUCAGUAUCUUUAGUCUCAAUUCUGAGGGUGGUUUUUCCCGUUGUCAUUAGCUUGCUCUCCUUUAUAUUUUAGUCCAGUUUUUUCCACAAAACUCAUUGACGUUUAGUACUAGAGCUUACAGAUACUUUGCAUUUUCAGUUAUCAGGGUAGUGUUAUCAGCAUAUUUCAGGUUACUGAUGUUUCUUUCUCCUAUUUUAAAAUCACGCUUAUCUUCUUCCUAUCCAGCUUCCCUUAAUGUAGAUUCUUCACAUAGGUUGAAUAAACAAGGAGAGAAUAUGCAAUCUUGUCACAUUCCUUUGCCAAUCUAGAGCCAGCAUAUUUCACCAUCUUCCAUCUAUACUGUAGCUUCCUGAUCUGUAUAGAACAUGAGGAUAAUGAGAAGUUCUGGGAUUUCCACUUUUCUGAGCACUUUCUAUAGCUUGAUGUAAUCAACAUAAUCCAAGAUUUUUCUAUAAUUGAUGAGUUUUCUUUAUUAUUCUUUGGCUUUCUCAAUUAUCCAGAUUGCAUCAGUAAUGUUUCAUGUUCUUUGGCCAUUUCUAAAGCUAGCUUGACCAACUGGUACUUCUUUUUCCAGGUAGGGCUCUAAUCUGUGCUGAAUGAUCCCAAGCAUUCUUUUGCUAGCAUGUGAAGUUAAGAAUGUUGCAUGAGUUUACGUGCUCUGUUAAGUCUCUUUAUCUUGGUAUUGGAAUGUAGAUUGACUUCUUCCAAUUUGUUGGCCAUGGUGUUAUUCUCUAGUUUUGCUGGCAUGACUUGGUUAGAACUAUCACUGGUUCUUCUUCUGUUGCUUGCUAUAUUUCAGUGGGAUUCCAUAAGUUUCUCUAUUAUCACGUUUUGACUUGAUAAUGGCCAGAGCACUGAUCUAACAUCUAGUAGUAGAUGUUUUUGUAAAUAAGGAAUAUUUUAUAAGGUAUUUCAGAUGUUGAAAUAUUCUUCUAUAUAGUGUUUCAGUAUACCCCUUCCAACUUCCUUUGAUCUCCUUUGGUUUCUGGCUGUCCACUGACUUCUUUAGCACUACCAAAUUGAGAUUAGGACUUUCUUCUGAGUUCAGAAAUCUUUUCAAAGACUUUUUUCCAUCUCUAGUGUCUUGUGUCUUCUAACAGCUCUCUGAAAAUCUUUGUUAAGCUCUUUUCUGAGGCUUUUUGUUGAUCUUGGCUUUGGCUUCUCUACUUGGCAAUUUCCACAGUUUGUUCUAACAUCCAGUUUGCUUUCUUCUCUUUCUACAUUUUGGCCGUCUCGUUUGACAUUCAUCCUUAAUAACUUAUUUGAACUUCAUUCCAUAAUUCCUAUGGUUCUCUAUCAGUGAAGAUCAAGAUUUCAAAGUGAUUUCUGAUGUUCUUGAAAAUGGUUUUCCUAAUGUAAAGCUUAGCAACAAAGAUGGAGGUGCUGCAGUGUGACGGCUGUGAUUUUCGAGCACCUUCCUAUGAAGAUCUUAAAGCUCACAUCCAAGAUGUUCAUACUGCAUUUUUGCAGCCCACGGAUGUUGCUGAAGAAACUCCUAGCCCAUCGAGAUUUGGUUCCAUAAACAGUGACCAGGCUGAGGUGGAGUAUUCUUUGGUAAAAGAUGAAUUUGCAGUGGCAGAUGGGAUGGCAGGGCAAAAUGCAGCUCAGCUGGGAACUGGCAAUUACUAUAGCCAUAGCCAGGGUUAUUAUGGCCAACAUAUGCUCUCCAAAUCAGCAAGCAAGUUUUUCCAGUGUAAAUACUGUGUACGUUAUUUCCGAUCCAAAAACCUUCUCAUAGAACAUACCCGGAAAGUCCAUGGUGCUCAGACUGGAAGCUCUCCAACUGGAUCCACAAGUGCUGGUUCCUUAAACUACAACAUCAUGAUGCACGAAGGCUUUGGGAAGGUAUUUUCGUGCCAGUUCUGCACCUACAAAUCUCCAAGACGUGCACGGAUUAUAAAACAUCAGAAGAUGUACCACAAAAACAGCCUGAAGGAGAGCUCAACCCCUCCUGCUUCUUCAGCUGCUAUAUCUGAAUCAACCUCUACGUCUGUCUCGAUGCAGGAUUCGUGCAAGGAGCUUCCAGCUGAAGUUGUUGAGCGUAGUAUUUUGGAGUCUAUGGUCAAGCCUUUAACCAAAUCAAGAGGCAACUUCUGCUGUGAAUGGUGUACCUACCAGACACCCCGAAGGGAACGUUGGUGUGAUCAUAUGAUGAAGAAGCACCGAAGCAUGGUGAAAAUACUGUCCAACCUGAGGCAGCAACAGGAUGGGACCAAUAUGUCAGAUGUUGUAAGCAAGAGUCCCCCAAGCCCUCCCCCAAACUCUAACUAUAUACCCAUGAAUGCUUCUGGGCGAGAGAUGCCCAACGCAACUGUCCCAAACUACAGGAGUUCAGUAAACAAUUCUCUUAUCAGGUCCAACGCCUCUUCAAAAUUUUCUUCUGCUUCCUAUUCUCAGAUGAAACAUAAGGCUCCUCACAACUCGGGCAUUGUUAAUUUGUCUGACCGAUCUCGUUAUGGGGUUGGUGACAUGACAAAUUCUACUGAUCUGGAUACCAACAGCAUGUUGAAUGACUCCAGUUCGGACGAUGAGCUCAAUGAAUUAGACAGCGAGAAUGGGUUGAACUCUAUGGAUCACCAAAGCUCGGGACUAACUGCUGAGCAGCUGAUGGGAUCUGAGGGCCACAAGUUACUGGAAACCAAGGGGAUCCCCUUUAGAAGGUUUAUGAAUAGGUUCCAGUGCCCUUUCUGCCCUUUCCUUACCAUGCAUCGGCGAAGCAUUUCUCGCCACAUUGAAAACAUCCACCUCUCUGGAAAGACGGCCGUCUACAAAUGUGAUGAAUGUCCUUUCACCUGCAAGAGCUCUUUCAAGCUUGGUGCUCAUAAGCAGUGUCACACCGGUGCAGCAUCGGACUGGGAUGCCGUGAAUUCCCAAACUGAAAGUAUAGCUUCUUCUUUAAACGAAAGUACCAUAUCCUAUGAAGGGGGAAACAUAAACGGCAGGAAAUCCGGGGGGAUCAUGGAUUCCAUGCAGCAGCAGCAACAGUCUCCGCAGUCCAAUUCGCAGCACCCGUAUAAAUGCACCAUGUGCAAUUAUUCCACCACGACUUUGAAAGGUCUUCGGGUUCAUCAGCAGCACAAGCACUCGUUUUGCGAUAACUUGCCAAAAUACGAGAGCCCAUCAGCAAAUACCCUGCAAGACAGCGAGCCCGAUGCUCAUGCUUCUCCCAGCACUGUGAAGAAAAGCCAGACCUCAAUUCUUGGACUGUCUUCUAAAAACAACUUUGUAGCAAAAGCCUCCAGGAAGAUGUCCAAUGACUUCCCCUUAGAUCUGUCCCCAGUCAAGAAAAGAACCAGAAUUGACGAGAUUGCCAGUAAUUUGCAAAGCAAAAUCAAUCAGAACAAGCAGCAGGAAGAUGCAGUCAUUAAUGUGGAGGAUGAUGAAGAGGAAGAGGAUGACAAUGAAGUGGAAAUAGAAGUAGAACUGGACAAGGAAGAAGAACAAACAGAACCACUGAUGGAAAUAGCGGCAUUUGCUUCCCAGCAGAUAUGGGGAAGAGACACAGGUGAUCCUCAGAAAGAGCCCAACUACAGGAAUAUCCCCCAUGAUUACAGCUCCACCAAUGGGGCAGAAAUUGAGCUAACUAUAUCUGAGGAUGAGGAAGAAUAUUAUUGUUCUUCGGUGGGUUUGAAGGACCCAGGACUGAAUUCAUCUAUUCUAGGCAGCCAGGUAAGCCUAUAUGGAUCUGAUCAAAACAAUGAGAAUUCAGAUUUUGGUGAUUCUGGAAGGCUUUAUUAUUGUAAACACUGUGAUUUCAGCAACAAAUCUGCCAGGAGUGUUAGCACUCACUACCAACGGAUGCAUCCCUACAUUAAAUUCAGCUUUAGGUAUAUUCUUGAUCCCAACGACCACAGUGCAGUGUAUAGGUGUCUUGAAUGUUACAUUGAUUAUACAAACUUUGAAGAUCUGCAACAGCAUUAUGGGGAGCAUCACCCGGAAGCCAUGAAUGUAUUAAAUUUCGAUCAUUCUGAUUUGAUCUAUCGCUGUCGCUUCUGCUCUUACACCAGCCCCAAUGUUAGGAGCCUAAUGCCGCACUACCAAAGAAUGCAUCCGACCGUGAAAAUUAACAAUGCCAUGAUAUUCUCAAGUUACGUAGUGGAGCAACAAGAAGGGUUAAGCUCAGAAUCACAAACGCUGAGAGAGAUACUGAACUCUGCUCCGAAAAACCUGUCCACUUCGACCCCAGUUGCACGUGGGACUCAUGGCAUACCUGCUGCUUUUAACAAAAGUUCUUCAAAGGGCAAUAGCCCCGAAUCUGAAAGCCAAAAAGAGUCAACAGUCAACAGUGUUGUCGUUUAUGAUUGUGAUGUCUGCUCCUUUGCAAGUCCCAACAUGCAUUCCGUCUUAGUGCAUUACCAGAAGAAACAUCCCGAUGAGAAGGCUUCGUAUUUUAGGAUUCAAAAAACAAUGCGUGUGGUGUCAGUAGAGAGGGGGUCUGCCCUGGCUCAGAUGGCUUAUGAACUGGGGUCACCUGGCUCUCCCAAAAUGUCACCGUUACCACCUCCACCACCUCCAGACCUUACCACGGAGCUUUACUACUGCAAACAUUGCUCUUACAGCAACCGGUCAGUGGUUGGGGUACUAGUGCACUACCAGAAAAGGCACCCAGAGAUAAAAGUGACUGCCAAAUACAUUAGGCAGGCACCCCCGACUGCAGCAAUGAUGAGAGCUGGAGAGAUACCUCCUGGUGUUCGUAGACCUGCCGUUUCUAUGCAGCACCUGAAUAGGGACGGCUCUGAUGGUACUGUAGCUCCAGCAGAGAAUGAGAUGUUCUUCUGCCAGCACUGUGAUUAUGGAAACCGGACUGUAAAAGGGGUCCUUAUUCAUUACCAAAAGAAGCAUCGUGAUUUCAAAGCCAAUGCAGAUGUAAUUAGGCAACACACCGCCACCAUCAGGAGCCUCUGUGACCGGGGUCAGAAAAAUUCCCCUGGUGGCUUACAAAUUCCUACUUCUGGUUCCGAGCAAGAAAGGGCUAAGUUAAGAGCUCUCAAAUGCAGGCAGUGCUCUUAUACAUCUCCUUAUUUCUACGCAUUGCGGAAGCACAUUAAAAAGGACCAUCCAAGCUUGAAGGCUACUGUCACAUCUAUUUUAAGGUGGGCAUUUUUGGAUGGUUUAAUAGAAGCUGGAUAUCACUGUGAAUGGUGUAUCUAUUCUCACGCGGAGCCCAGUGGCCUGCUUGUGCAUUACCAAAGGCGACAUCCUGAACAUUACGUUGAUUACACAUAUAUGGCAACAAAACUCUGGGCAGGGCCAGAUCCUUCACCCCCAGCCUUACUAAUACCAUCAGAAAUGAAAAUAUAUAGGUGCAGAGACUGUAUUUUUGAAGCCUCUUCCAUUUGGGAUAUCACUAAUCACUACCAAGCUUUUCACCCUUGGGCUAUGAAUGGAGAUGAAUCGGUGUUACUAGAUAUUAUCAAGGAAAAAGAUGCUGUUGAUAAAAUGAACCCAGUAUCUGAUGGUAUUGGUGCCAGAAUAAUUUCAGAGGAUCAUUUAGGAUUGCCACAAGGAGACCCAGAUACGGAAUAUGCAGAAGAGUCAAACCUUAUCCAAGAUAAAGCUCUUCAGCUUACCUCUGUGAAUCCUGCAAUAUCCUCUACGCCGUACCAGUGCACAGUGUGCCAGUCUGAAUAUAACAAUUUGCAUGGACUUCUCACCCAUUAUGGAAAAAAACAUCCCGGGAUGAAAGUUAAAGCUGCAGAUUUUGCACAAGACAUUGAUAUUAAUCCAGGAGCGGUGUACAAAUGUAGGCAUUGUCCUUACAUUAACACACGCAUUCAUGGCGUUCUUACCCAUUACCAGAAGAGACAUCCUUCUGUGAAGGUUACGGCAGAAGAUUUUGUGCAUGAUGUGGAGCAACCCGCUGAUAUGAGCCAGAAUGACGUGGAGGAAACGAGCAGGAUUUUCAAGCAAGGGUAUGGUGCUUACAGGUGUAAAUUGUGCCCCUACACGCAUGGCACUUUGGAGAAGCUCAAAAUUCAUUAUGAGAAAUACCAUAACCAGCCUGAAUUUGAUGUAUUUGCACAGUCUCCUCCAAAAUUCCCUGCCUCCAUGGAGCCCGAAGUUCUUGCUGAAAUUAAGCCCUCCCCUGAGAUGGUCCCAGAAGAUCUCCUGGGGGACGAUUCACUACCAUCAUCCCACUUCUCUAGUUCCCAUUUGGUUUCUCAUACUGUGUUCCGCUGCCAACUUUGUAAGUAUUUUUGUUCUACCCGGAAAGGGAUAGCUAGGCACUACCGAAUAAAACACAACAAUGUUCGGGCACAGCCAGAAGGCAAGAACAACCUGUUUAAAUGUGCCCUCUGUUCCUACACAAACCCUAUUCGUAAAGGUCUGGCUGCGCAUUACCAGAAGCGGCAUGACAUUGAUGCUUACUACACACAUUGCUUAGCAGCCUCAAGGACUAUAAGCGACAAACCCAACAAAGUGAUCAUCCCCUCACCCCCCAAGGAGGACUCUCCUCAGCUAAGUGAGGAACUGAGAAGGGCAGUGGAGAAGAAGAAAUGCUCCCUCUGCUCCUUCCAGUCCUUCAGCAAAAAAGGCAUAGUUUCCCACUACAUGAAACGCCAUCCUGGAGUAUUCCCCAAGAAACAGCACGCCAGCAAGCUUGGGGGUUACUUCACUGCGGUGUACGCGGACGAGUAUGAAAAACAGCAGCCUCCCCCGGAAGAGAGGAAUGAUUUUGAGAAGCCCGAAGUGGAGGUGGAGGCUCCAGAGAUGGAGUGGCUUCCCUUCCGGUGCGUCAAAUGCUUUAAGCUGUCCUUCAGCACGGCCGAGCUGCUCUGCAUGCAUUACACUGACCACCACAGCAAGGACCUGAAGAGGGAUUUUACCAUCCUGGGAAGUGGGGCCCGUUUCCAAUGCAGGCACUGUGACAGUAAGCUGCAAAGCCUGGCGGAGCUGACCACCCACUUGAACGGCCACAAUGAGGAAUUCCAGAAACGUGCCAAACGCCAAGAGAGGAGGAAGCAGCUUCUGAGCAAGCAGAAGUAUGCGGAUGGUGCUUUCGUAGAUUUCAAAGCAGAGAGGCCUUUUGGCAGCUUGGAAGAAGUUUCGAAAUUGAAAGAGAGGAAAGUUGUAGGAUACAAAUGUAAGUUCUGUGUCGAAGUUCAUCCGACUCUCCGAGCCAUCUGCAAUCAUCUUCGUAAGCAUGUGCAGUAUGGGAAUGGUUCUUCAGUCUCUACUGGAGUCAAACAGGAAGCUGAAGAUCCUUCACAUGCAGCUUUCUUGGAGGGUAUUGAGGGAGCCAAAGACCAUAUGGCCACUAUGGAACUUGCAGAAGCUGAAUCUGGACCAUCACUGGAAGAUGAAACCAGACCUGGUGGCUACCAUUGCAGCCAGUGUGAUCGGGUUUUGAUGUCUAUGCAGGGUCUACGAUCGCACGAGAGGAGUCACUUGGCCCUGGCCAUGUUUACUCGUGAAGACAAGUACAGCUGCCAGUACUGUUCCUUUGUUUCUGCAUUCAGGCACAACCCUUCAGGAGACUCAAAUCUACUCUUCUGGCAGAGUUUGGAUCGCCAUAUGCAAGCACACCAUGGACAUCACAAACCAUUCCGCUGCAAACUCUGCCCUUUCAAGUCCUCGUAUAAUAGCCGGCUGAAAACUCACCUCCUCAAAGUCCAUGCUGGUGAACAUGCGUACAAAUGUUCCUCCUGUUCAUUUUCCACCAUGACAAUCAGCCAGCUAAAAGAGCACUCCCUGAAAGUGCAUGGGAAGGCAUUGACACUACCAAGACCACGAAUUAUCGGCCUUGUAACCUCGCAUGCCUCCAAGAACCACACUACUGCUGAAGAAGCGGAAGACUCGAAUGAUGCUUACUCAUCAGUCUUGGGGAGCUGGGGGGAAUGUUGGAACCCCAUCUUGAUGCAUGUGCAGAGGGCCAGGCUUCCUUCCAAAAGUCUUUGCUGUAGAAGAAGAAUCACAGUUAGAGAUUCUUCCUAUUCAGAACCUCCAGAUGUCCAGCAACAACUGAACCACUAUCAGUCCGCAGCCUUGGCAAGGAAUAAUAACAACAUUAGCCCCGUCCCACUUUCUGGAGGAGACCAGAAAGCUGAAGCCAUCCUUAACUGUGAAUUUUGUGAAUUCACUUCGGGUUACAUACAGAGCAUUCGGCGUCAUUAUCGUGACAAGCACGGAGGGAAGAAGUUGUUCAAGUGCAAAGACUGUUCAUUUUACACAGGCUUUAAGUAAGUUGCUACACUG